UCGGGUAGGUGAAUAAAAAGUGACAACAUCACCUCAGCUGAUUUAUUUAUUGUUUUUAUUUAUUUUUACAUAUUUUGGACUUAAUCUGACAUACACUUAUGACCAAUUAAAUUGUUUUCACCUACCAGCAGUUAGUCACUAAUUCCUUUUAGUAAAUCUUUAAAUAUCUUCCACUUCACAUUCUUAACCUCAAAGUAACUGUCAAGAUGGAUUCUCUCAAGCAGUCUAUGGCGGAGAUGACUAAAACUUUCAACACUCGGAUGGCAGGGUUCCAGAAAGAGAUUGAGAGGGCUGCUCCAAAAGAUCCCACAGUUGCUUCGGUGUCAGCAGAAUUCCAUACCUUCAAACAAUUCAUCCUGACCACUUUGGAGGCCAUGCAAAAACAAAUUCAGUUUCUGAGUGUGCAGCUGGACCAGCAGGAGAUGCGCUCCAGACGGAAAAUGCUCUUGUUGCAUGGUGUGCCCGAGACUGACCCCGAGACUGACCAGGAAAUGACAUCGACAGUUGUGGAACUUUUGAAUGAGCAUCUCGAGGAUAAGCUAACCAUCAAUGAUGUGAAGCGCUGUCAUCGCUUGGGUCAGCCUCGCAAGAAUCUAACCAGGUGCAUCUUAUUGAAGUUCAGUGAUGUGUCAGUGCGCAACUCUGUCUGGUUCGACAAGAAACGCUUGAAGGGCUCCGGAGUAACACUGUCAGAGUUUCUCACUAAGCCACGGCAUGAUGUUUUCAUGGCUGCCCGGGAGCGUCUUGGUAUCCGGAGAUGCUGGACUCGCGACGGGAACGUGUACGUGCUUGAUGCGGCAGACAAGCGUCACUGCGUGACAUCUGUUGCAGAGGUGGAGCAGUUCCCAGCGGCGGUCUCAGUUGGUGCUCAGGGACCUUCACCUUCGGGCGCCGGUGCUCCCCAGGACCAGUCCAAAAGGCCCAGGAAGCCGCCUAAGAAGUUUUAAUUUGAUCUUUCUUCUCUUGCA